AUGAACGCCGCCAACAGCAGCAGUAGCGGCAGCAGCAGGCCUGUAGUGAAGCUGGAGAAACCCGCCACAGUGCCCUGCGACGUCAACGGAUAUCCAGAGUCAAGGCUGGCACGUCUGUUCAACGGCAGCAUUCCCAUCGUCCUCGAUAGUCUGAAGCAGCAUUACUUCAUCGACAGAGAUGGAAAAAUGUUCCGGUACGUGCUGAGCUUUCUACGGACGGGACAGCUGCUGCUUCCCGACAACUUCAUGUUCAUGGACAUGCUGUGGAUAGAGGCAAAGUAUUACGACAUCCAGCCGAUGUUGAAGGAACUGGACAAGUACCGCGUCGACAGGGGCUACAGCCGACCAAACAGCCGCAAGAACAAUCGAGGGGUGACGAGUAGCAGCGCGGACGAGGGGAAGUCUCAUGCCGAGCAGCAGCAGCACGGACUCGCCGAGGACGACGAUGCGGCGUGCGCGCGCGACUACGAGUGCAUCGCCAUGCACGUGUCCCCGGACCUCGGCGAGCGCAUCACGCUCAGCGGCGAGCGCAACACGAUCGAGGAGAUCUUCCCGGAGAUCCAGCAGGCGCUGAUGGACGGCCGCAACACGGGCUGGAGUCAGGACCCGCGCUACGUCAUCCGCUUUCCGAUCAACGGCUACUGUAAACUCAACUCGUUGCAGGUAUUCCAGCGGUUAUUCGAUCACGUGUUCAAGAUCGUGGCUUCAACCGGGGGCGGUGUGGAAGGCCAGCAGUUCAGUGAAUACCUCUUGUCGCGACGGAACGUCCCCUUGUAGAUCCCCUUGUACAUUUUACCCGGCUGCAUGCGAUCCUCAACGUCUACAGAUGAUGUUCUGCCAAAGUCUGGGAAUGGCGGAAAAUUUUUGAAUAAUAUAUAAUAAGCUAGACAGAUUUAUUAAAAAAAAGAAUUAUAACGAGCGCGCCCUCUGUAAAUCAGCGUGCCGUAUGGAGACACAUCGUGGUAUUGCCACUGGCGUACAAUGUCAGUCAGUUGGUUGAUCUCUUAUUAUACAUGCUUUUCGACUAUUUAGCAUAUCCUUGUGAGAUAAAAGUGUGUAUUUAUCGGUUAUAAUUAUACCAUGUAUGUACUACUCAGACACAUCCGCAAUCACACACACUCGCUCACGAAUGCACGCACGCACACACACAUGCACACACAUACACACACGCAUGUAUCUAUGUAUGUUUGUAUUUAUGUACGUAUGAGUAGUAGGCUCCUGAGAAAUAUUAGUCGCUGAUAUUUCUUCUGAUGUUAAUAUUCAGUGAGAAUUCAUAUAGAUUUACUAGUUCACCUGGCGAUAUCAAAGGAUUAGUGAAUCGUAUCAACUCCGUUAAUAUCUCGCAUGUAGUUGAUACGGGCAAUUGUUAUAAAUAAAUAAAUAAAUAUAUAUAUCUCUGUAUAAUAACUAAUUUUCUAUCAUAUCGCCGUGUUAUUGAUGGCGAAACGGAUCCUUUAUACAGUAUCAUUUUGUAUAAAAAAAAUUCAAAUCCAUCAUUGUUGUAGCACCAAAAGUUAUCACGAAACCCUUCAUACAUUGCGUACAGAUGCGCCUGCGUUGAAAAUCUGAUCGAAAAAACUAUGCCGCAACAAAACAUUAUUCAGGGAAGGUAAAUAGCAAGAAUAAUUGUACAAGUUGAUAUCUAAACCACCCAAGAUCGCUGUGAUCAUAUAGCAGACAAGUUGCAUAACUAUAUAUUAUAUUCGCUCACGUAAGUUUCUCCUUGUUAAAUCAUAAAUACGAGGGAAAACUAUAGUCGUCGCCUGAUCGUUUGACUUAAAAUCAAUGUCGCGUAACCGUGUAAGCUAUAGUAUAGCUUUAUUGUUUAUAUCUGUGAUUAAUUCGAUCACGUCGUUUUUAUGACCAGCCUAACAGAAACCUCUAUAGUAGUGUCUGUAUAUGUCUGUAGUAUAUGUCUGUGAAAAGCUUCUCACAGACAACUCUACGCUUUUAUUCCUCAAAGAUUGCGUCCUUUUUUCUGUCUAUAUCCGUGUGGCUUAAUUUUAAAUAUCCGUAAAUAAAUUUAAUUAUUACCUUGGUGGCGACAUGCAGGCGCUACGACAUAGUGUUAGUAGAUGGUUUCAUUAGACCCUUCCUAUAUAAACUAAUGAACUUAUAUGCCGUGUUCCAGUGUUUUGUACGUGUUUUGCGAAGGAUUCCAUAAUUAAUAUUUCGUGGUCAGCUUCCAGGUUCGUUUAGUUUUGGCUAGAUAUAAGAAACUAUCGAACGAGUCAUUAAGCAGAAGGUGACUUCUUUCAAAACAAAAUUAUAGUACAGAUCUAAUCGUCUAAUUAUAUUUGCUAUUUUAUUCGUUUUAUCCGAGUAUUUAUGACACAUAUUCCCGCAGAUUUCAAUAUGUAUGUAUAAACCACAAUUUGUAAAUAUUUAAUGUAAAAUUUAUCGUUGUCAACAAUAAAUUGAAGCAGAAUGGUCAUAGAA